AUGAAAUCAAAUAGUAAAACAAAGAAACCUCCUCGUUUUUACUUUUGGCGAAAGACAUUGUCGUUAUCUGAUCUCGAUGUUCCUCGAAAUUCGAAAAUAGCCAUUGACGCUCUUCGUACAUUGAGUCUGAUACCCACCUUCCUGGGAUUCCUCUACAACAGCAGGCAAGCUUUACAGGUGCCUUUACGUGAUGCUGGUGGUGCUGUGAUACUGCAAAGCUCUCAGGUAGAUUACGUAGUUGCAAAUUUCUGGUGUGCUUUAGCUGGCUAUUGGAAUUGGAUCUUAACAACGAGUAUGAUGAGACGCUGGAUAUUCCACUACGAAAUGAGUAGCGCCAUUGUCAGAUUAAUCACCUUCAUCGUCAUCACUUGGUCCAUCUCUGCCUGGGUCACGUCUCGCAACGGACCUGAUCAACCCAUUCGUACCUGGAUAAUCAACUGUUUCAUUUUAUUAAUCACAGACAUCAUACGGCUAUCAGUUGUAUCGGACCCAAAAUACCAUGGAAAGGCUGCCAAUGUCAAGGAUCCCAACCUGUUCCUGAAGUUGACCGUGAUGAAAGUCUUGAUCUUUCCCAUGUUUGUUGCUACAUGCUUGUCUGUGUUCGCAGUGUUGCGCCAAAUUGAUCAAUUGCAAUAUACCACGAGCCAAUUAAUGGUAGGUGAUGCUACAUUGGACAACCAGCUUCGAUACUCAGAAACCACCACAUCGGCUGUGUCCGUACUCAUUCUCAUUAUAUCAUCUUGGUCACAAGCAUCAUAUGAAAGGCGCCAAAUGUUGAGAAAAUCGGCUCUUCGACUAUUGUCACCACACAGCGAUCGCAUCUCAGUCCAGUAUAGAUUCGUAAUUGGACAGCCACCAUCGGCCAGCCAUCAGCUCCAUGGCGACGACAUACGAAAGGAAUCAGGCAUCUAUCAUGAUUUACUGAUGGUCAAGUCAUCCGAUGUGGAAUCAGACAAGAGUAGAAAAGUGUUUGAAGCGAUGCGAUGGGCAAAGCAUAUGGGACACGACUACAUUGUGAAAUCUGAUGACAAUGUGUUUGUGCGUUGGGACACUAUUCUGCAAGAAUUGGAUGCAUUAGGGCCUAGAUUGUUCUACUGGAAAGGCUUCACUUAUCGCAAUAUACCCGUCCAUUCAAUGCCUGAUGCAAAGAGUCUGCAAAUUGACUAUGGAUUACCCGUCUUACCUGCUUAUACCCACAGCAUGCUUUAUCUAUUUUCCAGAGACAUGCUGGAUCUUAUUGUAUAUCCCAAUUCACCUAGAAAAUUCAUACACGGAGAUGGAGAGAACAUUGCUAUCUGGCUGUUUGGUUUCAGCAUUCAGCCCAUCCACGACAGACGGAUUCAAGACGGAGACAAUGUGUGCGAAAAUGACAUGAUUGGAAAGAGGAUGAAUGUAUUGUCGGAUAUGUAUAAAAUCAUGUGCAAUGUGCUAUAA